AAUAAAACUAUCGAGUGCCAUUUUGUGAUUUUUGGAAUCGAUUGAUUACUCUUUCCCAAAUACAAAUUAAAAGUUUACUGCUUGCUUGUAAAAGAAUAUUAAAUUGUUAAGUUUAUUUAAAACCACGGCUAAUAUUUGUAAGAAGAUGACACCUUGUAGGGGUAGGCCGCGAAAACUUGGUAAACUGAAAGUUCCACACGCAAUUGUCGCAACAGGAAAGGGACGCGGUCGGCCGAAAAAUCCAAAGAAGGCUGCGUUAUUAAAAAAAGUUGCUGCAGUUAAAAAAAAGUCGCUUGGUCGUGGUCGCCCAAGGAAAGAGAAAGCAAGCAGUGAAAAUGAGAACUCCUCUUGUGACGAAAAGCCCGACUAUGAGGAACGUCGUGGAGUAGGAAGACCAAGCACCGGAGCUGUGAACUUAAAUAUUGUGCGUACAGGCCGUGGGCAAGGACGUCCUAAAAAGAAAAAGACGGAGGCAGGACUUGUAGGUUCUGUAACAAAGUCAUCGAAAAAAUGUGGGCGCCCGUACCAAGGCGGAGUUCCGUACGUGCCAACAGGAAAACCGCGUGGACGACCUAAGAGUAAUCAAAAUGAGCCGACAAAUAAUAAUAAGGAUCAAUUAGAAGAACAGGAAGAACAGGCGUGUGAGGAAGUAGUGGGUAUAUAAAUAAUUUCAAUAUGAAGAGGUAGCAUGUAAACAAAUGUAUGUAUAUCUAUUAAUUGAUAUUUCAUAUCCAUACACAUAUAACGUAAUAUAAGGCAUAACACAUACUCUACUUGACUAUGUAAAAAUAUAAACGUAACUAGACCUCAAAAACA